UUUUAUAAUAGUUGAAAAUAAUGUAUGUACCAAUUUUUUAAUACAAAUAUUCUUAAUACGAGUUAUUGGUGAUCUUCAAAGUCCGAGAGUUUUCAAAUAAACAUGACAUCCGUCGUUUUCAUGUCAAUUCCACUUAAGCACAAUGUGCUAGCUUGUUAAUAUAAAGGGUACGUUGUUCCUCGCAGUUGAGUGUAUUGAGAAGUGAAAAUUCCUGUAAGAGUAUAUCUGUUCUAAGUAGUUUACGUAACACAGUUGAGAAGCGAUCCAUUCAGCCGUUCCUGAACACUGUCAGUCUACCGGUGUAAUGAGAUUGAGACGAUUCUCUGUCAAGAGACUGAAGUUCUUUAGACGAAAAAUCGAACUUUAAUAAUAAUUACAAAAUAUUAUGGACGCUUGAUAAUUUCUCACAUAAAUUCUUAAAAUAAAUCAAAAAUCCGAAUAUAUCUUUGAUAAUUAUUUUUUUUUUUUCUACAUUUUUGACUCGGUGCAGGUGGAUUUUAUAAUUUAAUUAUCAUGCCAUCUAGGCAAAGAUUUAUGGAAAAAUGAGGACAAGCUUUCUUAUCACAUUCAGCAUUCUGAUGACAGCUUCAAGUACUCAGCAGGAGUAUUCAGAUAAUAGAAACGUUAUCUCAGAAGAAGGGUACUACUUGGACGCACUUUAUGAAGUUCUGCCGGCAUCAGUAUCCGAAACUCUUGAAUGUCCAUCAACGAACGUAAUUAAAACUCGGUAUAAAUGCCGGGGUGUUAAUAAUGAAUGGACAGAUUGCUCAAGAGUCCAUUGCUGCCCAGAAUAUACCUUGCUGAAUGGUCAAUGCGUACCAAAAGGUACAGAUCCAUGCAGUCUCAAUUUAUGCGAACAACAAUGCAGCGUUUUGAUGCAGCGAGUGAUCUGCACCUGUUGGGACGGUUACAAAUUUAGUCCUGAACGUCAAAAAAAAGGAUUAAAACCAGUAUGCCUGGAUGUCGACGAAUGCAUGGAGGGAAAAGCAGACUGUGAACAAAUUUGCAUUAACAAUGCCGGAGGCUUUUCAUGUCGUUGUAAAGAAGGAUUUGUUCUUAGAGGAGAUAACAGGACUUGCGAAGAAAUUACGGUUUCAAAAGGGGACACAGUAGCAGCUGCAUCGAGAUGCUACGCCAACUGCGAUACAGUUUUGCGACUGCACGAUAAGGUUCGAAAGCUCCAGGACAAGGUCGUCGCCCUUAGCACAGCUGUAAGAUUAUCAAGUUAUGCUUCUGGACCUCCAGGCCCAAUGGGUCCACCAGGACCUCCUGGCCCCCCUGGACCUCGCGGUUUUCCAGGAGUUGACGGGAACAGUCCUCACCAUAAUACUGACAGUUAUCGGUCGUUUGAAAAUUUGGGGAAUGAACAGGCCUACUCAGUUUUUGAUUCUUUUGCACCUACCAGCAACGGCUUUUGCAAAUGUCAACGUGGACCUGUAGGGCCCAUCGGUGCACCAGGUAAAACAGGAACCAAGGGUGAAUCUGGUGAACGAGGACCAAGAGGACCCAGAGGCUCGCCCGGAAGUUUUGAUUUCUUACUGCUACUUUUGGCUGAUGUCAGGCACGACAUAGUGUUACUUCAGGAGAAAGUUUUCAAGGAUGCGAUACCCAGAAGGUUUGAUAUGCAGGCAGCAUUGAGACGACAUCGUCUGAACAAGGAAAGGUCUAGGCAUAAAAAACAACGGGGAGCUACUAGGGACGGAGCGUUGAUAUUGCCAAAGCAAUUAACAGAUGCCCCAAAAGGUGAUGUGGAAGAGUUCAGAAACGGUGAAAUUGAUGUAAUUUCAGAAUACUCGUACGACGAGGAGCUGGAUAAUUCUGGCGAAGAUUCGUACCAAUAUGACGCGUAAUAUGUAUUGUAUGUAUACAUAUAUUAUAAACACAACUGAUUAUCAUAGCAUG